AUGAAAUCUAAUAAGUAAUAAUGUAAAAAAUCACUACUCCCAUUAAGUUAAGAGUUUAAUACAUAAAGUAGAAUUGCUGAUGAAUUAACUGAAGAAUUAACUGAAGAAUCUACAAUUUUCCAAUAAACAACUUAAUCUUUUUCAGAUUGUUCUGAAUUGGAUUCUAAGCAAGAAAUUGUUAUAAAAUAUAGGUAUAUAUAGUUUAUUAUUAAAUAAACAGAGAAUACAAUACAAAUGAAUAAUUAUUCAAGUAGAAAUAGCAAGAUAAUAAUAUAUAAAACUCUUAUGAAAGUUUAAAAGAAUAUAUGUAAUAAAUAUGAUAUGAACCAAAAAAAGUUAAAAAUAUAAACCAAAAAAUAUCAUUCUUGAUUCAAAACUAAAACCAUUCAUACCAGAGUACAUACCUGCUUUUAAUCCAAUAGAAAAUGGCAUAUCUGUACCUAGACCAGAUGGAAAAUUUGAUAAUUAUGGCAUUUAUGAUGUGGUAGGAUAUUAAUUAAUUGAAAGAGAGAAGUACUCUCAAGCAUAAAAAUGGAAAAAGAUUAAAUUAUGAAAAAAAAUGAUAUCUAUAAAGAAUCAAAUUAGGACAUAUCAUAUGCAUAAAAAAAUAAAGUAAUAAAAAAACUAUUUAAAAUAGAAUACUCAUUAACAAUACUCAUAGGGUUAUGAAGAUAAAAAUAAAAACUUUACAGAUUUAUUUAAAAUCAUUUCAUUGUAUUCUAAAUUUAUUUUUCAGAUAUAAACCAAAGAUAAUUGAUAUUGAAGCACCUUUGAAACCUUUCAUACCUGAUUACAUACCUAAGGUUUCAUUUCCAGAUCCCAUGUUAAAGAUACCAAGACCUGAUGGAAAAGAAGACUAUAUAGGUCUUAAAGUUUUAGUAUUUAAAUUCUUAAAUCUUAGAAUGAAGCAAAAUGAA